AUGAACUUGCUUCAAUGGCUUGAAGCCAAUUCUUUAAACAGGUUUCUUACAAGCUCAAACGCAUUACGGCUUCUUGGAGGUGCAGUACUUGCAAACAUAUCCUACAAAGUCCUACGGGGGUUGUUUGAGUGGCUUCCACUUCAGGCUCCGUUGACAAAAUAUCAAAGUUCUGGCCGCUCAUGGUCCAUGGUCACCGGCGCCUCGGCUGGUAUUGGCUUUGGAUUCGCAAAGGCCCUGGCAUCUCGAGGGUUCAACGUCAUCCUCCUCGGCCAUAAUCCCAAAGAGCUAAGACAAUCUGAAGACGAAAUCCAGAAACAAUGCCCCGGGAUCGAGGUCAAGUCUGUUGUACUGGACGCGAUAACUGCAUCCGCCGCCGAUAUUGACGCGACUUUGAAGAAUUUGGGUCAUAUGAACCUUACGAUUCUCGUGAACAACGUUGGCGGAUUGAGCGUUGAGCCCUCCAAGUAUUACCGUAGGAUUGACGACACAACCGCAGAGGAAAUGGACAGAGUAUUGUCUCUUAACGUACGGUUUAUGGCCCAGCUAACACGGCUCGCCAUUCCAAUACUCGCGAAAAACGGCCCAUCUCUCGUCCUCAACGUCGGCUCUGCUUCCAUGCUUGGGAUGCCCGGUGUGGCAACGUACUCAGGCUGCAAAGCCUUCGUCAUGGCAUUCACAAAGGCCAUAGCCAGGGAGAUGAAGGCUGAUGGAGUUCCCGUGGAUAUACUCGCGCUCAUUUUGGGAGAGGUUAAAACACAGGUCAACGCCGGCGAUUUGCCACCUGGUACACCAUCUGGGAGCGAAUUUGCAGAAGCGGCGCUGCGUCGGGUGGCAAUAGCCGUCUCACGUGGCGCUUUGUCUAUGCAUCCUUGGAUGUGUCAUGCUGUUCAAGACGCCAUAGUGCACGCGAUGCCAGGAUGGAUGACAGAAAAGGUGCUUAAAGCGGUCUUUCAAAAAAAGCGGAGAGAGCAGACUCUUUUGCAGGAUUGA